GGCGGGGCCGGCGCGGCGGCGGGGACGGGGGAGGCCGGGCCGGGCGGCAUGAUCGGCACCGUGCUCUGCUACGUGCUGCUGCCGGCGGCGCGGCUCCUCCGGGCCCUCCGAGAUGCUUUCUUUACCUAUCGAAAGAAUGUGCUUCUGGCGAAGAGCCCGUCCACCCAGAUAGAAGGUGUCUUUGCUGCAACCAGAGGAAGAUCAGUCCCAGAAGAGCAAGAAGCCUUUCUGCAGCAGUGGCUGGAGGAAGGAGAAGGGAAUUUGCCAGCCGGUGAGAGUGUUCCAGCGGUGAGGAGAGUAUCAGUUUCACUCACUAGUGACUGGUUAGAAGGUUCAGAGCUAUUGAUGACCAGCCUCAGUGACCUGAACACGUCUCCGGAAGUCAUCGGGUGUGCUGAUCAGCAGCACUCAGAGCUAAAUGCCUUGGCUUCUUCAGAACUGCAAGAUCAUGCAGUGGCUGAACUGGCAAGAUUACCAUCAGAGGAAACAGUGACUGUAGCAGGCAGUGCCCCUUGGGCAGCUGUGGUGCCACAGACAGAUCACCAGACAGCUGGCUGUGCUGGUAUCAAUGUGGAAGUGCUGAAUGACGACCCAGCUGUGCUGGCCUGGAGUUUAGCGUGUGAUGCAGAGACAGUGCCACCAGUGCUCCCAGCCCAGCCCAUUCAGGAUGCGGUGCCGUUUUAUCCUGUCCCAACAGAGGUGCCCUACCAUGAGAUCUUAUGGAGAGACUGGGAGGAUCUUUCUGUCCAACCCUUAAAGCAGGUCUCAAAAAACACUCCCCUCUUUGAAUUUCGAGUCAUGUCUUACAACAUCCUUGCCCAGGACCUGGUGGAGCAGGGUCUUGAUCUCUAUGUACACUGUCAUCCAGACAUCCUGGACUGGAACUACCGCCUUCCAAACCUUUUGCAGGAGAUCCAGCAUUGGGAUCCUGACGUCCUGUGUCUCCAGGAGGUGCAAGAGAACCAUUACUGGGAGCAACUGGAACCAACAUUCAAGGAGAUGGGCUUUGCUUGCUUCUACAAGCGGAGAACUGGGACGAAGACAGAUGGAUGUGCAGUGUGCUAUAAGCACAGCAGGUUCCAGCUGAUCAGUCUCAGCCCCAUAGAAUACUUCCGGCCUGGCCUGGACGUCCUCAACCGGGAUAAUGUGGGCUUGGUGCUGCUGCUGCAGCCUGUGCUCCCAGAAGGUCUAGAUCUGAAGGCAGUCAGUCCUUUGUGUGUGGCCAACACUCAUGUGUUGUUUAACCCCCGUCGAGGAGAUAUCAAACUGGCCCAGGUGGCCUUGCUGCUAGCAGAGAUUGACAAAAUUGCAAGAACUACUGAAGGCAGCUACUAUCCUGUCAUCUUGUGUGGAGACCUGAACUCUGUACCUGAUUCUCCACUCUACAAAUUCAUCCGGAAUGGUGAACUUUCCUACCAUGGGAUGCCAGCCUGGAAGGUGUCUGGUCAGGAAGACUUUUCCCAACAAUUGUAUUCACGGAAGCUGCUGGCUCCACUGUGGCCAAGUUCACUGGGUCUAACAGACAAGUGCCAGUAUGUCACCCUGUCUCAGCCAAAGAAACCUGGGAGACGCGAAUACAGCCGUGACUUCCUGCUGCAGUUCCGCUUUUGCGAUGUUGCCUGUGAACGACCACCACAGCUGGUCCUCCUGGAAGGUGUGACAGAUGCUAAACCAGACCGCCCUGCAGACUGGCCCAAGCCUGCUGCCAUGGUGAAAGACCCUGAUCCCCAGCCAUUCGUCCCAAGGUGUUCAGGUAUUAUCCAGCAUGGCCUCAACCUGACCUCUGUCUACAGCCACUUCUUGCCACAGAGGGGACGCCCAGAGGUCACAACAAUGCCCAUGGGGCUUGGAGCCACUGUUGAUUACAUUUUCUACUCAGCAGAGCCUGUGGAGAGCAAGGCGGGUCGCAGGCUGUACAAGGAUGGAGCCCUGAAGCUGCUUGGCCGUCUUUCUCUUCUCUCUGAAGAUGUCCUCUUGAUGGCAAAUGGCUUACCAAAUCCUUUUUGUUCAUCUGAUCAUCUCUGUCUGCUGGCUAGUUUUGGCUUGGAGAUCUCCAGCCUCAGAGAGAGUUAGUGUUGGUUCCCUUUCCCUAAAGAAAAGUUGUUCUGAAUACAGCAGAUUGCACAACAGCUUGCAAAAAAACCCUUUUCCUUGUGAUGCCCUGAAAGUCCUUUUCUCCCCUCACACCCUCACUAAACACAAGGAUUGGAGAGUUGGAGUGCUUUUUGCAUUGGUAUUUUCUGCAUCUUUGCAAACCUGAGCUGUGUUCCCAGUGGGAUGCCAAGUGUAUUCAAUCAUUAGCAUCUCUUAAAGAGAGCCUUGUUCCACUGCCUUGUUUAGCAGGUGUUUUUGAGCUGCAGGAACCAACAUAAUGCCCUUGUUUAUUUGUCCCUGUGUAAGAUCUUCAAGGAGCUGGAAAAGAGAGGGGCAAUGCUCUCUGCUUUUGGUUAGCUUAAUUGCUACCAAGGAGCAUGGAAUGUAUAAGCCAGUACUCUUUUCACACCAAAAUAAUAGUUCUUUUAAUGUCUCAGUAAUAGUUCAGUACUUCGUGUUGUUGCGUUGCCUUUUAGAUUGGAUCUGCUAACUGCUUAGAAAUGUCUUUUACUUAAUAAUCUGUACAGGCUUACUUGAUGGCAGAAGGAUUUGUGUGGUGUAACUGUUUCUACAAGAAACUGCUUGCUGUGACUAAUGGACCAGGGAAUGGAAUUGCCAGGAAUGGAACCAGGGGCUCUACAGAGCAGCAUCUGUAGAACUGCAGCAAAAGCCUAGAGGCCUUGGGGAAGGCUUCCUUCCUUUCUGGCAGUCUCAGAAUGGUACCUAAUAUGUCACUUUUAGCAAAAAUAUUUAGGAUCCUCCCAGUGAAUAUCCUGUAGAAAAAAUUACCCUGUAAGUCAUGAUAACCCCAGAAGACUAUAACUUUGGCUGUCCCAAAAGAGAGAUGAAAAUGUGAGAGCUGAUCUUGUCACUUGCCCCGUUCUUUGUGCACUCUCUAUUGCAUUCAGCCUGCCAGGGGUCAAUGGCUAACCUGUAGUUUCUAUCUCCUGUGUCUUGCUGCAUCUUCUGCACCCACCCGUGUUUAGGUGUAGAUAGAACCCUUAGGCUCAACUCCUGUUUCUUGACAUGUGUUGGGAGGAAGGGGAAGGCUGUGUAACUUGGAGCCAGACUGCAGUCACUUGGAUCCCAGCAUACCUUUGGUGUCCUAUUGGCGUACUUCUAUAAGCAGUGGCUUGGCCAGUACAAAAGCAAUCAAACUGUACCUGUUCCUAGAGUAAAUUCCCCAGUUCAGCCUGACAUUUGGUGCUCAGUUUUUCCUUAACAGAUGAAACCAGUCUUGGCAGAAAUCAAUAUUGGUAUAAACAUUAUCAAUCUUUUGUUCAUAAACAAAGCAGGAAAUCUGGUCUCACCUCAGGUUUUUGUAGGAGGGUACAGGAGACUUGAAACAUCAUUUGUUCUUCAUGGUCUAUAUUGAGGGACUUUGAUAUUUUAAAUGUUACUUUCUUUAUUAAAAAAUAAAAUCCUGCUAAUCUAAGAAAAUACCACAAAGUAACUGCGGCACCUUGUAUUUCUGGAUGCUGAACCUCUGAAGAUUGCUCGACAAGUGAAAGACUUGCUCAACAAGAGAGGUGAAAAAGGGCAAAUUGGCUACACAACAAAGUAAUGAGGGUUGAAGAGAGGGAAGAAGUGAGCCUAAUUUAAUCUCCCAAGACAUCCCUAAAUCCAAGAGGUGUCUUCUUUGGCAUUGGGCUUGUCUUGCCCUCUCCAUCCCCCACCUCCCUCCCCAGAAAGAUUUGCAUUCAGGAACCCUUGCCCUCCUCUCUAAGAAAGGAAUACUGCUGAUCUUUUACAGCUCACUUCUGUAAACGAUAGAAACAAGGUGUGUGUGUGGGGGGAGGGAGUUGUGUUUUGUGCCCUUAUGAGCAUGUAAGUACUGCAUAUUCCCCUCUAGCCCUGCAAGAUGGUGUAGUAUUUGUCUGGUGAUGUGUGCAUGGCUUUUGCUACCUUUGUGAGUUUCUCUAAGUGAACAGCAGUCUUGGAGGGGUAUGAAUAAUUUGGCCCUUAGGUAAUAGUUCUGGCAUGGCACUGGUACAUGAGGAGGGAUGGAUGCAGAGGUGUGCAUUUAUAUGACUAUCUCACAGUUUGACUGAUUUCUGCAAGUACUCUUACUCUGAUUUUGUAAGCAGUUGUAUUUAUAAAGGGAGGGAAGGAGAGGGUGAAUUGAGAGCUUUGCUUUCUGUCUGGCUCAAAAAGGUUGCCAGAAGGCAGCCUGGUUGCAGAUGACUCCUUCCUGCUGUUAACAUUGUAAUAGGAACCUUAGAAGACACUAAAGGUUUAACAACAACCAACCAAAGGCACCACAAAAAAUUCUGUGACACAUGGUGUUAGAACUUAAGCUAUCUGCUUCUAUUGUAAUUGCUGGCUGAGUCUGAGGUCAGUUGUUGAGGAGGUGUGUGUAAGUGUGUGUGUAUGAAAGCUGCCCAUAGGAGAGCCAGACUGAGCUCUUUGGAGACCCAUAAGGUGUGCACCUUACACCAGUAGAUGAACUGGUUGCCCCUGCACUGCCUGAAGCACCCUGCCAGUCCUGUGAUAUAACUCAGGUGGAGGACCUGUGUUCCAGUAUCACAAGUGCUUUUUCCAUUUUAUCUAAACAAAAACCUUGACUUGUGGGCAAAUUGCAUGGAAGCAUCUCAGGGAGGUUUUAAGGCUCCAGCUAUACUUCACUGGAAAAUCUAAUGUUGCACAGGUCAAACUAAUGCUUUCCCUUUCCAUGCAUGAAAUAAUGUGGUGUGCACUUGGAAUUGUUAUGUUUUUGAACCCUGGAUAUUGAGUCAUGUGCAGAGAAACCCCAGGACAAUGCCUACAAGUCCCCUUAUUCUUCUUUCUGGAGGUUAUAGUGUUCCCAGGGUGGCUUGCAGCUCUCAAAGCCCUGGCUUACUCAUGCUGUGCUGGGCACUCAGAGGUGAAGGUGUGGCAGAAAAGUGGGACCAUGGCUAGUGACUCUAUAGAGACACAAAGGCAAAGUUGAAGACUUGAUCUCUGUGUUUAUUUUGACCACCAUCACAGAAGCUCUGGUAUGGACUCUUACAGAAGUGGUCUGUUUCAGGAAAAUAAAAACCUCUGUGUUCUAGAGCAAUUUAGAGUUAAUAUCAAAUGGAUCUAGAGACCUGUGAAUGCCUCUUGACUCUGGGGGAUUAUAGGAGAGGAUUGGAGGUGGGGUUGGUAGCAAGUUUCUAACUGUAAAAUCGCGACUAGCAUAUAGUUGUUGGGAGAAGAAUAAUGUGUUUUGUGAUGCUUUAAGAACAGCACCCACAGAUACAGUCAGGGCCUGUGGUAAUGAACACUGUUAUGGGAUGCAGGACUGAGAUUCUAUAUGUACCUCUUAAAACUGUUUCUGGACCGAAAUGCAUGAUGAAUUUUCAUUAACACAGCUUUCUGAUGAAUUACAGAGGGAUCUGUAAACGGUUAUCAAAGUAGAACAGCAGUAUCUGCAAUGCUCAGAAAGGGAAGGUGUCACAGAGGUAAUUACCAGCUACAUGACCUUAGUAGUGAUGUGGAGUUCAGGGAGACUGGUGCUUAGGGCAAGUGAUGCCAGAGACUGCUGGCAGUGUGUGUAUGUUCCCUCUUAGCAGCCUCCUAAGCUGCAGGAGCAUGCAGCUGUUGAGGCAAUCAAGUAUUUGACUAAGUGUCUUUGCUAAAAAACAGCUUAGUUUGCACCACAGCUGCUAGGCUGUAUUUAGUCAUUCUAUUUAGAUAGAAUUUGGACUUCCUUCGUUUUUGCAGUUUUAAGUUCAUUGCUUCAGGAGGCUGCCCUUCAUAAUCAGUUUUCCCAAUUACAUGGGAUGGGAGGAGUGGUAAACAAUAUAAUUGCUCUAGCUUCUUUCCUGUUCUUAAUAAAUGAAACUUGGCUGCUG